AUAAACCCUAACUAAAUGUAAGGUUACCGCGGCUGAUCUUCCACGUCAGUUUUGUUCGGUUGUCUCUUGUCGAAGUGUUUACGUCCGAAAGAAAUCGCAAAUUAUUGUAAACAUGACUUCUAUACUCAACUCAAUCGAUACCGGCCAUGAAGAUAUGAUCCACGACGCCGAAGUGGACUACUACGGCCUACGUCUGGCAACUUGUUCUUCCGACCAUUCCGUUAAAGUCUACGACAUCAAAAAUGGGGCCCACAACCUGAUCGGCGACUUGAAGGGCCACUCUGGUCCCGUAUGGCAAAUAGCGUGGAGCCAUCCGAAAUUUGGUAAUCUAUUAGCAUCGUGUUCGUACGACAGGAAAGUAAUUAUCUGGCGCGAGGUCCAAGGCAAAUGGAGUCAGUAUUAUGAAUAUUCAAAUCAUGAUUCAAGUGUAAACUCUGUACAAUUUGCCCCAUCUGAAUUCGGUUUAAUCCUUGCUUGUGGCAGCAGCGACGGCACCAUAUCAAUUCUUACCUAUCAAAGUGAGACCAAUACUUGGGAUGCGAAGAAGAUUCAAAACGCACACACAAUAGGCUGCAAUGCAGUCAGCUGGUGCCCAGCAAUUACACCAGCAUUUGAGCCUGCAUAUGAUAACACCCAAUCAACCACACUGCAAAAACGAUUGGUUUCAGGUGGUUGUGAUAAUCUGGUUAAGAUAUGGAAGGAGGAAGGUGAUCACUGGGUAAAGGAGCACAAACUAGAAGUGCAUUCAGAUUGGGUUCGAGAUGUGUCGUGGGCACCAUCCAUUGGUUUGCACAGACAUGUAAUUGCAAGCUGCUCACAGGAUAGGAGAGUAGUAAUCUGGACAAGUGAAGAUUGCCAGAGCUGGAGCUCUACUGUCCUGCACACAUUUGAAGAUGUAGUAUGGAAUGUCAGUUGGUCAUUGAAUGGAAACAUAUUAGCAGUCUCAGGAGGUGAUAACAAAAUCACACUGUGGAAACAAGCAUUAGAAGGCUCUUGGCAAUGCAUUAGCGACGUAUCAAAAGGCCAGGGUGCUUUGAAUUCAAAUAAUGAUCAACGCGCAUUGUAAAAAUCAAAACAAAAUGUUUUUUAAUAUGAUUACCGUGGAGUCCCUCUGCGUGUAUAAACUAGCAGCAAAAACAAUAUCGCGUUUAAUGGCGGUAGAAGCCUCCUCCAUUUUGCUGUGAAGCGCUGGAUCACCAAUCAACCUCGCCGCGUUCUUCACAUCACAAAUAACUUCGUUCAACUGUUGAAUACACCUCACAAUAAUACCUUCUUGAAUAUCCGUGAGGGACAUUAUCUCAGCGAAAGGUUUCUCCGAGGCCCAUUCGUAGACCACAUGCACCAGUCCGAAAUUCAAAUCUUUGAAAUCAUCACCAUAUACUUGAUAUUCAGCUUCAAGUUGUUGAAUUUCUUGGAAAAUGUCUUUAAUUUCUUGAAUUCCCUGUAAAUUUCAACUUAAAAUCACUAUAACCUCUAAAAAUAACAACUUACAUGUUGUAAUUCCGCUGGAAAUUCGUUUUCCGAUAAUUCCGCGUUGGUUUUUGCUUGGAAAACCAUCGACGAUAAUAAUGCAGCAACCUCAGCAGGUUUUAACUUUGUCAGAAUAUUCCUCAACACCAAUUCGGUGAUGAGCAGUUCAUUCAUUCCCAUUUCACACGCGACUCUACCUUUUAAUUCGACACGAUUCUGUGCAUCAACAUACUUUAAAUGUCUCAAUAAUUGAAUUCUGUUCUCAUAAUCAGGAUACAACGCCAUGCUGGCAUCCGACAGCAUGUGCUUCAGAAAAUCGCGUUCAUCUUCUAGAAUCUUCUUUUUGAAUACAAUAUUAAACUGAUUCUCAAAA